AUGCCCCCUCCGCAAACUGUGAAAGAGCUGCAGAGCUUCAUGGGCAAAGUAAACUACAUUCGGCGCUUUAUACCUGGUUUGACCCAGCUUAUCGCUUCAUUUACCCCAUUGCUGAAAAAGGGAGAAAUCUUUGUUUUGACCAUGCCACAACAAGAAGCAUUUCGAAAGAUUCAACAAGUAUUGUCAUCACCGGCUGUUAUGAAAUCUCUCAUAAAAGGGAAGUCGUUGUGCCUCUACACCGCUUCCAGCGAUGAUGUUGUUGGAGCCCUCCUGGCUCAAGAAGACGAUGAGGGGAUUGAACACCCUAUAUACUAUUUUAGUCGUACUUUGAGGGAUGCUGAACUCAGGUAUCCUAAGGCAGAAAAAGCGUGUCUAGCCCUAAUUCAUGCUAUUUGGAAGCUUAGACACUAUUUGCUGUCAAACAAAGUAGUACUCAUAGCCAAAGCAGAUCCCGUUAAGUUUUUCCUCUCAAAGCCAUCCCUUAUGGGUAGGCUGGCCAAAUGGAUGCUCCAAAUGUCGGAGCUUGACAUAACGUGCACUCCUCCACGGUCUAUUAAAGGACAAGCAGUGGCAGAUUUGCUAGCGACAUUCCCGGGAGAAGGUACUACCGCACUACAUGAAGACCUUCCUGGGAAUUUCCAGAAAUCUCUUUUGUCAAAGAAGAAGCAUGGCUAUUGUAUUUCGACGGAUCCUACCCCUAGAAGUAAUAUCGGAGGAGCGGGUGUAGUUAUGGUGUCUCCAACUAGUGAAGUCUUUUCGCAUUCUUUCAAGCUGGACUUUCAGCGCACCAACAACUCAGCAGAAUAUGAAGCUUUCCUCAUAGGAUUGUCACUAGCCAAACGAGCAGGAGCCACAUACCUAGAAGUAAGAAGCGACUCCAAACUACUGGUCAACCAAAUGAAUAGAGUAUACUCACUCAAAGAGGUAACCCUAGCCCCUUAUAGAUCUAAGGCGCAAAAGCUUUUGAACUACUUUGUUAAUGAAACCAUAACCCAUAUUGGCCGCAACAACAAUAAACACGCCGAUUUCCUAGCUACGUUAGCCUCAAAGUUCGAAGGAUUGGAAGAGACUCUAAUAGUGAAGAGACGGACCGUGGCGUCGACAUGGCUUUCACAGGCCAAAGAUACUGAAGUCAAUGACUGGAGAACUCCUAUCAUUCAAGAGCUUAACAGUUCGCUUUCCCAAGGGAAGGUUUUAUCUACUACUUACUACCCUCAAGGGAAUGGGCAAGCCGAAAGAACCAACAAUACUUUGAUUCGAAUUCUUAGUCGAAUAGUGCAUGACAAUCGUAGGACGUGGCACGAACAACUGCCUAUGGCGUUGUGGGCAUACCGGGCGGCACCUAGGAGCUCUACUGGCCUUUCUCCUUAUUCACUUGUCUAUGGUGCCGACGCAAUCCUCCCAGCAGAUAUCAAAAUCCCUCGGCUAGAAUUGCAGCUGCAAGUGGAGUCCAAUGGGAUGAGUCCGAAGCAUCGAUCUCUAGAAUAG